AUGUGUUACCAUUGUCGAAUAUCCGGGAUAGCAUGUUACUAUGGCGAUGGGAAGAGGGAACGAGCAAGAAAGAACCUGAGAGCGCUCGAGAACAGGAUUGUGGAUCUUGAAGGGUUAAUACAAGAGAUCCAGCCAUAUCUAAACAACGCUGGGAAGUUGGUAGUUAAGGAGAUACUUGCACAGAACCCAAUUCCGUCGCCACCAAAUAAUGAUUCUCCGUGGCAAGUAUCCACCAGUGACGAUACAAGCAAUUAUCACUUCUACCGGCGAGACUCUACAAACAAUCCAAGCCAAUCAUUUAUGUCAACUGAUAUAGGUUCUGUAAACCCAGUGGGCCGCCAAGUUAAGAACGUCCAUACCGAAUUCGUUAUCAGCCGGGGUGAGCGUGUCGAAAGUGACAGCGAUCCUGUUUGGGUAUGUCGUGGGGAUGAAGGGCUCAAAAAUGAUGACAACAAUGCGCCCGCCAGCAAUCUUGAUUUACUGCCUUCAUAUCGAACCACUGAGGCAAGUGCAGGUUACCUCUCAAUUGGAGACCGAGAAAAACAAAGCCAUAGUCGGCAGGUAGACACAUUUAGUCUUCCUCCUAGACUAGUGGCAGAAAGGCUUAUUGAUUUAUAUUUCACCACCGUACACCCAAUUUUCCCCAUAAUCUGCAAGUCGAAUUUUAUGAUGCAGUUUGAUAAGUAUUACGGUUCAUUGGAAAACUCAUUAGAACCAAUAGCCUAUCAAAAUUCGAGAAAAUGGCUUACACUUUUGAAUCUCGUAUUUGCGAUUGCCGAAAAAUACCUCCAACCAGAAUUGGGCAUGAACACCAGAGGUCAGGGAAGAGAUGCGGAUUACUUCGCCAGGUCGAGAAUCUUAGGAGCUUUGGAUGGAGGCUCAGUGCUUCAGAUACCUGAUUUAGGGAAGAUUCAAGCUUUGGGGUUGACAGGCAUGUACCUGCUUGCCAGUAUUCAAACAAAUCGCGCAUGGAACGUUACUGGCCUAGCUAUACGAUUAGCCUAUGGAAUUGGCCUACACCUACGUGGAGACAGUGUUCCAGGGGACUUCGAAGCAAAAAUGCGCGUGCGCAUCUGGUAUUGUCUUUAUUGCCUCGAAACCACCCUUUGCCUUAUCACCGGACGUCCUUGUGCCAUUCAAGAUAGGAUUUGCAGUGCGCCGUACCCAUCAGCCCUAAAUGAUGAGAUAUUGCCAGCUCAAUACAAUGACGUCGCAGUGCUUGAUGCGUAUUUCUCCAAACACCAAACGCUUAUGGCCAUUUCUGCGGAUAUGCUGCUCAUUCUAUAUUCUAAGAGUUUUCGCGAUAAAAGUUGGUCUCAAGUACAAGACCUGAUAGUAAGACUGUCAACGAGCUUACAAAAUUGGAGGAUUCAAUUGCCACUUGCCCUCGACUUCUUCAAAGAAGAGACUGAUACAGUUUUUAGGCGUCAGGCCAUGUCUCUCAAAGAUUUACUCUCGUAA